UGGGAGAAGAAGCGAAGCAAGUCUUUAGCAUCAUCUUUAGCAUCGUCCUCAUCCUCUGCUGCCACGAGCAAGAUGUGCAAAGGGCUGGCCGGGCUCCCCGCGUCCUGCUUGAGGAGUGCCAAGGACGUGAAGCAUCGACUGGGUUUCCUGCUACACAAGUCGGACUCUGGGGCACCCGGCUCUUCGCUCGGACGCAAGAACAGGACUGUGCUGUGCCCAAGGGUCAAUCCCGAGGAGGUGAAGCGGUGGGCGGAGUCCCUGGAAAACCUCAUCAGCCAUGAAUGCGGGCUGGCAGCUUUCAGGGCUUUCUUGCGGUCUGAGUACAGCGAGGAGAACCUGGAGUUCUGGCUGCGCUGCGAGGACUACCGCAAGACCAAGUCAGCCCACAAGCUGGGGCCCCAGGCCCGUAGGAUCUACAGUGAAUUCAUCUCCGUGCAGGCCGCCAAAGAGGUCAACUUGGACUCCUGCACCCGGGAGCAGACGAGCCAGAACGUUCUGGAACCCACCAUCACCUGCUUCGAUGAGGCACAGCGGAAGAUCUUCAGCCUGAUGAAGAAAGAUUCUUACCGCCGCUUCCUCAAGUCCCACUUCUACCUGGAUUUCAUGGCAUCUGCGGCCUGUAGCCCCGAAAAACAGAGGGAUGCCAAGCUGGUCAGGGAUGGGGGCACAUCACUGCCUCUGUGCUCCUGAAAUGCCAGGACACUGCCCGAAGGGCUCAGGGCUGCCUCUGCUCCUGGACCCAGCGCCUUCUCCAGCUCUGAGCUCACACCAUGCACAUCCAAUUAGUUUAGUUCAUGGUUUGCAUCUCAACUCAAGCAAACUCCCAGUUCCUGUCCUGCACCCUUGUGGCCAGUCUCAGGAUCCAUUUUAGUCCCCCAGUCUGGCUUCGGGUCUGGCAGUGCCACAAUGCGCGCUUCCGCCAAUGCUCUGUGCUUCAGUGAGGUUGUCACCUGCAUGUCCAUCAGAGCGCACUGUGCAGAGACCCAAAGUACAGUAACCAACCCAGGCUUGAUCCCUAGCAUUCUAUAGGGUCUCUGAGACCCGCCAGGAGUGAUUCCCUGAGUGCAGAGCAGAGU